UACACAGCCGUGUAAAGUUAGGUUUUGUUUUCAUCGCAGUUUCGCCAGACGAUCUAAUUUUUCACGGAAGUUCCGUACUAUCUACCAAAGCGUAUCUUCAGCAAUCAUGGAAAUGUGUCGAGCUUGUGGCGAAUUUCCGAACACCAAUGAUACGGUGAUGCAAAAUUUGCAAAGGUUUUCCGUCAUUUUCUACAAUCUUACCUCGAUCAAGUUACGGCCGGAAGAGGAUCCCAAACGGCAACAAAUAUGUGGCGGAUGCUACGGAAAACUAAUGGACUACAACCACUUCCGGGAUGUUUGCUUACAGGUGCAUUCCAAGUUGAUGAAUGUUAAACUUGAACCAGAAGAAGUCCAUGAAAACGAGCAAAAAGAUUAUGAAACAUUCGUGGAAGAACUUAAAGUUGAACCAAUCGCAACUAUUGGAAAAUAUGAACCUUCGGAAGAUUUGGCCCGUUCGCAAUCCGUCAAAGAUGAUCAAAGCGAUCCGGAUGUAUUGGUCGAUGAGCUAUCAACAUCUGAAAAUGAUUCAUCAGCUGAAGAUAAGGAAACAAAGAAGAAAGCAAUCGGAAGGAAACGGAAGCACAGAAAAGGUGAAAUCAAAGUCGAACCCAAUAAACCUCAAAUAACCUACGAAUGUGAUACUUGUAAAAGAGUGUUUCGUAGUGAAAUGCGCUACCAAGGACAUAUGCGUACUCAUCAGGGGCUUAAACCUGCCGUUUGCAACUACUGCGGCAAAGAUUUUAUGAAAUACAAUAACCUACAGAGACACAUAUCUUCCAAACAUCUUGAUCGGAAUACGCGCUAUCCCUGUGAUUUUCCUGAUUGCGAAUUGACCUACUCGACAAAACAGGCAAUGAUGAAUCAUCGCAAACGUCAUGAUCCAAACUUUGUCCACCCGGAGCAGAAACGCAGCGUUUGUGAUCAAUGUGGAAAAACCUUUUCAACUAGCGGAGCCCUGAAGAAACACAGUUACAUCCAUACUGGAGACAUGCCAUUCCAAUGCUCGGUGUGCAACAAAAAGCUUCCUACGGCACAUAAAUUGAAGGAACACACCAUGAGGCAUGAGGGUAUUAAGAAUCACGUUUGUCCAUACUGUGGCCAAAAGAAAACGACACGCCAUGAGUUAAAAGUUCAUAUGAACUAUCACACUCGGGAGAAACAAUUCACGUGCCAUGUAUGUGCCCAGGUGUUUUCCAACAUAGGUAAUAUGAGCCGACACAUAAAAAUAGUACACUGCGGCAUCAAAGCAUUCCCGUGCACAUUCUGCGACCGUUCCUUCGGAAAGGCAGAAACGCUAAAGCAUCAUAUUAUGAUUCAUACCGGCGAGAAACCACACGAGUGUAAAACAUGCGGCAGGAGAUUCAUCCAACUGGUGGCACUUCAAACGCAUAGCAAAACGCAUCACAAGCAGAUGCGCAAGCAGCAACAGGCACAGCUUGCAACUGAAUCUGCCCAACAUUCUACCGAAAUGGACACGUUGCAUCCCGCGCUGAUGGCUGCUGCAGCCGCAGCCGUUGCAUCCCACACGCACGGUGAUGCACCCGAGCUCCCACUACCCAAUGAUCCAUCUUCAGCGAUUAACUCUCCCGAUUGUAUGGGAGGGUAUGUCAAUUGAGUUGUGUAUAAAGUACCAUUCUUGUGGUCUGAAUGUUUGUAAUAAAUUGUUGAAAAAUUA